AAACCCGACGAGGGAGGAAUAAAGAUAGUAAGAACCGGUUUUCAGUUUUCACACGCAGAAGAGAACAGCUUGAUCGUAGUCGGAGCGGAACCAUGGCCGCCGGGAGACCUGCCGGCUUCUUCAAAUCUCUUGAUCGGAUAAUCUACCCUGGGAAAUGGAGUUCCAGAGCAAUCAAUACUCUCGUUAGUGAGCACACUGCCAAAUGGAUGCAGGAUAGCAGCAGGAAAUCUCCCAUGCAGUUGAUUAAUGAAGUACCACCAAUUAAAGUUGAAGGCAGAAUCGUAGCCUGUGAAGGAGAUUCGAACCCUGCCCUUGGCCAUCCAAUUGAAUUUAUAUGCCUAGAUAAAAAAGAUCCAGCUAUAUGCAAGUACUGCGGCCUCCGCUUUGUUCAGCAUAAUCACCAUCAUUAACAGAAUCCAUCAGCUUGCUUUGUAUCGUAAUACAACUUAAUCUCCUGACUCCUGUUCUUCA